ACAAGAGGGACAAUCAAGUCUUGAGAAAGAAGAAUAGGAUAGCUUGCAUCGAGUUGCUGAGGGGCAUGGAAGAUGAUCUCAUGUGAUGUUGAGAUGACUACAACAUAUGCAGGCAUUUCUGUUGCUCGUAAAAUGCAUAAAGUAAACACAAAGGACUUAUCUGAUUCUUUGAAGUGGAAGAAUUCUGAUGAGGAAACCCAUGCAAAUCCAAACGGUGGACUGCAACUGCAUCAAAAAUGGAAGAAGAACAGAACUAAUGAGAUGAUUCAGCUAAGCAAAGAUGCUGAAUUACAGAUGCAAAUAGCAGCCAUGGAACGGUCAAAGCAUUUCAACAACACACUCAGGGGACUGCACAGCAUAUGGAGGAGAGAACAUCAAAACCAUCUCCAAGAUUCCACUUUGAAACUGAUGAAAGAUCAGAUCAUAAUGGCUAAGGUAUAUGCUAGCAUUGCUAGUUCAAAGAAAAAUCUUGAUCUUGCCAGGCAUUUGUUGAAGCAUAUCAAACAAAAUCAAGAUGCUAUUAAAGAAGCAAACUCGGAUGCUGAACUGCAACAAAAUGCUCUUAAACAUGCAAAAGCCAUGGCUCAUGUUCUAUCAUUAGCAAAAGAGCAGUUAUAUGAUUGUUCUAUAGUGGCAAGAAAAUUACGAGCCAUGAUACAGGCCUCAGAGGAAUCAGUAAUUGCACAACAGAAGAAAAGCCAGUUCUUGAUCCACUUUGCUACAAAGACAGUCCCUAAACCCCUGCACUGCCUUCCUUUACAGCUCACUACUGAUUACUUCUUACAUGAUCAUAUUCGCAACGAAUUAGCAGAUAAGGCCAAACUCGAAGAUCCAUCCUUCUACCAUUAUGCAAUCUUCUCUGAUAAUGUCCUUGCCACUGCAGUUGUAGUCAACUCUACCAUAUCACAUGUCAAGGAACCGGAGAAACAUGUCUUUCACAUUGUCACGGACAGGCUGAACUUUGCAGCUAUGAAAAUGUGGUUCAUUGCCCAUCCUCCUUUAGAUGCAGCAAUACAUGUGGAGAACAUUGAUGAGUUCAAGUGGCUGAAUUCGUCUUACUGUGCAGUUCUUCACCCAAUUAAUUCGGAGAAUCUUAAACAAUACUACUCUGCAAGAGAUCAUCCAUCUACAGUUUCUGCUGGCAAUAAAAAUCUUAAGUACAAAAAUCCCAAGUACUUGUCUAUGCUCAAUCAUCUAAGGUUCUACAUGCCAGAAAUAUACCCAAAGCUGGAUAAGAUACUGUUUCUUGAUGAUGAUGUCGUUGUACAAAAGGAUUUGACACCACUUUGGUCUAUAGAUAUGAAAGGGAUGGUGAACGGUGCUGUAGAAACUUGCAAAGAAAACUUUGGUCGGUUUGAUAAAUAUCUCAACUUCUCAGACCCAAUGAUCUCUGAUACAUUUGACCCAAAAAGCUGUGGAUGGGCAUUUGGAAUGAACAUAUUUGACUUGAAAGAAUGGAAAAAACGAGAUAUUUCAGGAAUAUAUCACUAUUGGCAAGACAUGGGCGAAUUCCGAAAUCUGUGGAAGCUUGGGACACUGCCUGCAGGUCUUGUAACAUUUUAUGGCCUGACAUAUUCACUUGACUGGAGUUGGCAUGUUCUCGGUCUGGGUUACAAUCCUCUUAUCAGUACCUCAGUGAUUGAGAAGGCAGCUGUCAUUCACUAUAAUGGGAAUUAUAAGCCGUGGCUGGAUCUUGCUAUCACCAAGUACAAACAUUACUGGAACAAGUAUAUAAACUUUGACGACCCGUAUCUACGAGUCUGCAACAUUUUCCAAUGAAACUGGACUUUGCAGAUGGCAAAUCCUUUUAUCAAAUUUGUUCAUAACUUUUUCUCGACACAAAAGCUUGCUGUAUGUUAUGCAGCAUGUGCUAUUAGCAUCACGCUUCUCCAGAAUAGGUUUUGCAGUUUGCCUUUUUCUGUGUAAAUGGGUAAUAUUCAACCAGAAAUUGCUUGGGAAAAUAUCAUAGAGUACCAUAC